CCGGCCGGGACGAGCGUGGGGGGUUCCGGGCUGGGCAGGCCGCCGCAGCCGCCCGCCAGUCCUGCUCCGCAUCCGAUCCGCCUGCCGCCGCCGCCGCCGCGGGGAAGGGGCUCGGCCCUGCCUGGCCCGCCUGGAGCGGCGGCGCAGCCAUGGCUCACUCGCCCGUGCAGCCGGGCCUGCCCGGGAUGCAGAAUCUAAAAGCAGAUCCAGAAGAGCUUUUUACAAAACUUGAAAAAAUUGGAAAAGGUUCCUUUGGCGAGGUGUUUAAAGGCAUUGACAAUCGGACUCAGAAAGUAGUUGCCAUAAAAAUCAUUGAUUUGGAAGAAGCAGAAGAUGAAAUUGAAGACAUUCAGCAAGAAAUCACAGUGCUGAGUCAGUGUGACAGUCCAUAUGUCACCAAGUAUUAUGGAUCUUAUCUUAAGGAUACCAAAUUGUGGAUAAUAAUGGAAUAUCUUGGUGGAGGCUCUGCAUUAGAUCUACUAGAACCUGGCGCUCUAGAUGAAACUCAGAUUGCUACUAUAUUAAGAGAAAUUCUGAAAGGACUCGAUUAUUUGCAUUCAGAAAAGAAAAUUCACCGAGAUAUAAAAGCUGCAAAUGUUCUGCUAUCUGAACAAGGAGAAGUGAAACUUGCCGAUUUUGGAGUAGCUGGGCAGCUGACAGAUACCCAAAUAAAAAGAAACACCUUUGUGGGCACCCCAUUCUGGAUGGCACCUGAAGUCAUCAAGCAGUCUGCCUAUGAUUCAAAGGCAGAUAUCUGGUCUUUGGGCAUAACAGCUAUAGAGUUGGCUAAAGGAGAACCUCCCCAUUCGGAGCUACACCCAAUGAAGGUGUUAUUCCUCAUUCCAAAGAACAAUCCACCAACACUGGAAGGGAACUACAGCAAACCCCUCAAAGAGUUUGUGGAGGCCUGUCUAAACAAGGAGCCGAGCUUUAGACCUACAGCAAAGGAGUUGUUGAAACACAAAUUUAUAAUAAGGAAUGCAAAGAAAACCUCUUACUUGACAGAGCUCAUUGACAGGUACAAGAGAUGGAAGGCUGAACAGAGCCAGGAUGACUCGAGUUCAGAAGAUUCAGACACAGAAACAGAUGGUCAGGCAUCAGGUGGCAGUGACUCAGGAGACUGGAUCUUCACAAUCAGAGAAAAAGAUCCUAAGAACCUGGAGAAUGGAGCAGUUCAGCCACAGGAACUGGAAAGAAAUAAGGUGAAAGAUAUCCCAAAGAGGCCUUUGUCUCAGUGCUUAUCUACAGUUAUUUCUCCUCUUUUUGCAGAGUUGAAAGAGAAAAGCCAGGCAAGUGGAGGCAACAUGGGAUCCAUCGAAGAACUGAGAGGUGCAAUUUAUUUGGCGGAAGAAGCCUGUCCUGGGAUCUCGGACACCAUGGUGUCUCAGCUUGUGCAGAGGCUUCAGAGAUAUUCACUGAGUGGUGGAGGAACUUCAUCCCACUGAAAUCUUUUUAGUAUUUGGGUUUUUGUUUUUCCUUCUUUCUCUUUCCUUUUCUGUUUUAAAAAAAAAAAUCAACAAGACCCUGUGAAGAGGUGUGUGACUGACUGCAGGGAUCAUCUCCCAUGGCCGGAGGAGGGAGAGCUGUCCACAGAACAAACAUUCCUCAGUGGCCCACAGCAAGAUGAAGUCUCCCAGUUGGGUGAUGUGUCAGCUCCUUAAAGCUAGUUUUAUUUUAUUACUGUUAUUAUUAUUGUUUUUAAUUUUAACCACAGUGCAUAUAUUCAAGGGAAGUAUCUUUUUAAAAAAAAAACCACAAAAACAAAUAAACCAACCCUGAAAUGUAUAUUUGAGAUUGUGAUAAGGCAACUAAAGAUAUUGUGAAACCUCAGGUAUCCUGCUUUAAGUUGAUAACUCCCACAGGAGAUGGAGAAUCGCUCUGUUGGAUCUGUGUACAGAUUUGUAUAUAGUGUCAUUUUUACUGAAACCCUUUCAGCGUGCAUAAGAAAUCACUGUGUACAAAAUGGCCAAGUGCUUCUGUAGAUAAUAUUAGUGGAGUAAAUAUUUGACAGGCCAUAACUGAAUAUAUUGCCUUGCCUUUAUUACAUGUACAUUUUGAAUGAUGUGACCAGUGAUUUGGGUUUGAUUUGGUAUCUGCAGGGUUUGCCAUUAAGUAAUAAUUAUGCCCUCCUAUGGACAACUCCUGUUUGUACCUGAAUAAAUGCAGAAUUUUUUUUUGACCCCCAUAUCUCUUUUGGUACACACAGAGGUUGCUUUCAUUUUUCAAUGAUGGUACUAUUUCUCAGUGUUUUAAAUUGGAACACAGCUAGCCUCACAAAGCUUUACAUUAUUUUAAGUUCUCCCCCUACCCCCAGAAUAAGUAUCUUCAUUCACUUUGGUUUUAAAUUGUACCACUGCCAGUUUUGCACCAGAUGUAUCAUCCCUUUCAGUACUAUAUUCUGUUGAACCUUGUAGUAGACUCUGAAUAUCGUCUUUCCCACCUAAACAUGUCUGAAUGCUUACAUGAAUAAAUUUUGUAUUACACAAGUUUUGAAAAAUCUCCUUGAAAUGUGGCUCUGAGAGGAAAAUUGGUUCCUUCCACCAUUUCCUCCUUUGUGUCUUGCGUGUGUGUGUGAGUGUAGAUACACCCUCAAUUUUUGAAGGAAGCCAUACAGAAGACUACUAGAAGAAACGGUCAAUUUUAAAACACCGAAUAUUAUUCAGGCUCGUGUGCAUUUCCUUGAAGAGAUUUGGAUGAAUGUUGCUGGGUUUUGACAAAUACUUGUGAGAUUGUGUACUCAUUUCCUUUAAAACCACGGGUACAAUAUGGACAGUCUGUCAGUCAUUGUAUUCUUCUUACAGAGCCUACCUUUCCAAGGGUACAAAGAAAUCCUUGAUUUCCACGGAUAGGGAGGGUCAUUUAAUUGCUUUAGGGUUUCAUGACUAAAUGUCUUAACAUAAGGGUAUAUUGAUAUGUUGGCUCCUUUGUUUGUCAUAUAUUUUUAAGAAUUGUCAUUUUAAAAGAAUGUCAGAUAUCUCGUUGCCUGUCCUCGUGUUAGAGCCAGAAGGCUAGUAAUUCCUGGAAACACUUAAUGUUGUAUGAAAAGUUUAGGCAUGUAAGACACCUGUUGGCUUAAGUGUCUUAUGUACUGUAGUAAUGAGGAAAAAGGAUUCCCAAGUGGUUUUCAGGUGGGUUGGCAUUAUCUGAAUGAGGGAAGCACUAUUUUUUUUUUUAAACUCUACCUUCAACUUGUGAAUUUCUGUGUGGGAUACAUUUUGGUUGUGGGAAAUAAACACAGCUUAAUUUGUUAA